CUCUAUCUGCUUUUGCGUCUGCAGAACAGAGUGCGCGCGCGCGUGUGGAGUGGUACAUUUACCACAUUUAUUCCUUACGUUACUUCUCAAGAGAAAGAAAUAUGAUUAAAAUGAGCUUCAGACUUGCGCUCUACCACUGUAUCAGUUCUGUGAUAAUUGUAACCGUCAUCACACUGGGAACUCAUGCCAAUAAUGCCCAGAACGACAAGCCCAGGAUGCUUAACAUAAGUGCACAAGCCAAAUCUACACAGGAACAUCUGGAGGAAGCUCUCGAAGAACAGGGCUACUACUUGCAACGGCUGUUUCUUCAGUAUGGUGACAAUGGGACUUUGACCUACGAGGGCCUGCAGAAGUUACUGGGCAGUUUGGGUCUUGGGGAGGUCAGCGUUCUGGAGAUCAAACAUGGUGGAGUGGCGCAUUCCUCACAAGCUUCGUCCCAUUCCCACUCACAUGAAGACCACCAUCAACCUCAGCAGUCCACAAAUUCACCCCCACUCAGAGCAAGUCCGAAAGCUCAAGUUAAAUCAGCCGACGGUGGAUCUUCUGCAGAGCUGGGACCCUCAAAGUCGGACUAUUUUUUACAUCCCGGCCUGAAAUACGGACUUGAAGAAAGUAUCUCGCUGCAGUCAGACCACCCGACAGAGAAACACCUUCAUGGCAAUUGUCUGAACGUCACGCAGCUCCUGUGGAACUUCGGGUUGGGUCAAUCAGCCCAUAUCACGCCUGCUCACUUCACCUUCCUCUGCCCUGCUCUCCUCUAUCAGAUUGACAGCGGGGUGUGUUUGCGACACACAGAGGAGAACGGACAAGCCAAUAGAGCUAGUGAGGGUUUCCUCAGAGCUCUAGGUUGGGCUUCCCUGGCACUCCUCGUGAUCAGUCUGCCCUCCUUGUUGACCUUGGGACUGGCACCUCUGCUUCCUCCCUUCAGCCUGCAGAUGUUCCUCUGCCCGAUGGCUGGCAUGGCAGUGGGCACGCUCUGUGGAGAUGCCCUUCUGCACCUUCUGCCCCAUGCCAUCUUUAGUCAACACAAUGAACACCAGGAUGCUGUUUUGAAGGGUCUGAGUGUGCUUGGGGGACUUUAUCUUCUCUUUGUGUUUGAGAGUCUUCUGAAAGUAAAGCAACAUUUCAAGAAAAGGAAGCCUGAUGCAGAAUCUGGAAGAGAACUGGAUGCACUGCAAGGUACCACAUCACCCAAUCAGAAUGAGAGUACAGAGACUGGGCACGGGCAUUCUCAUGGGCAGCCUGGGUCAGGGCAGAUGGGUCUAAGAAGCAUAGCAUGGAUGGUGGUCGUGGGAGAUGGAAUACAUAACCUUACUGACGGACUAGCUAUUGGCGUUGCAUUUUCUCAGAGCCUGACGGGUGGACUCAGCACCACAAUCGCUGUUUUUUGCCAUGAGCUACCUCAUGAGCUAGGUGAUUUGGCAGUGUUGCUGGCUGCCGGCUGGCCUGUACGCAGACUGGCUGUGUUUAGUGUCGUCUCUGCCCUGCUGGGCUUUGUUGGUGUGUUAAUAGGAACGGCGCUGGGGAACCAGUGGGCAGCACAUCCAUGGAUUUUCACCAUCACGGCUGGGGUCUUCCUUUAUGUUGCUCUUGCUGACAUGAUGCCUGAAAUGCUUCAUGGACAUGCUGGAUCUCUGAGCCCUCUGAAGCGCUUCCUCCUGCAGAGCCUGGGCCUGCUGAUAGGGGGCGCCAUCAUGCUUUGCAUUGCCUUAUUUGAGGACCACAUUGCAGUUAGUCUGGGAGACGGCUGAGGAUUUUAAAACUGACCAAAUGGAAUAGCAUUCUAAGGAUAUCUCGCCAAUGUGAGAGUUUCUUCUGAACACUGCAGUAUUGUGUACAUACCCCCAUCCCAAACUGACCCUCUGCAGAUGUGGAUACUCUGAAGAAAGCGCAUUGAAUGGAUGACGGGACCCUAAUAUAUAAACUAUGGUCAACUUGUUUUUAACCUGUCAAGAUAAUGUUUAUCUGCAUGCUAAGCUUCUUAACCUUUUCUUCUUGAAUUUCUGCAAAUAUUUUCAUAUUUGUACUUUAAACUGUGCAUGAAAAUGAAACUGUAAAGGAGACAUUUUUGUUUUAUAGGACAAUUUAAGAAAACACGUCUUAUCCUCUGGUGUUAAAAUGUAAAAAGUUGCAUUUUUGCCCAUGAACAUAUUUCUAGAAUUUAUGCAACUGAAGCUUUGACACAUGGUCACAUUUUACCCGUUUAUAAUCUAUUGAACAACAGACUGGCAAUCAUAGAUAAUUCAUUUGAUAUUUACUUCGUGAUCUUUAUUGUCAUUUAGUAGAAUAUGUUGUUGCAGAAUGUUACUUGCUCUUAAAGUAAGGAAACAAAGACAACAACUUUGUAUGUAGCAAUAGCAUUUUAUUUAAACAUUACCAAUUCUAAGCCACGAUACUGAAUGACGAGACCUACUGGCUGCAGCGGUUCAUAAACCUGACUAACAAAAAACAUGGGAUUUUUUUGUCUUUAAAGUCAGAGAGACCAAUACAUUUUUAAUAGGGUGAAAUUAAAAAUGAUUAUGUUCUUUCUUACUUAAAUACACGUACAGAAUUUCACAUCGGUAAGUAACAAGUAACCAUUCACAAGCUCAUACUAUGAAUUAACAAGGCAAAGUGCUGUCUGGAUUGCAUUGUCACAUAAGGAAAUGAAUGGCUUGAGGUCUUUUGUGGGGUUGAAAGGGUGAGGGUUCUCCUUUCUCGGGUCUAGACCCUGACAUAUUCGGGCAGAAUCUCCCGAACCGGUUCAAAAUGGAUACGUACAGAAAUACAAAAAUGGCAGGGAGGCUGAUAUCGAACACGGAUUAGCCGGAGACCGGCAUAGUGUUUUGGAAGGGCGUAAGGCUAGGGAACUCUACAUACCCCUGUUUAAGUACAGAAUGAAUGUGCAUAACUCAAAGCAACCGACCCCCUUUCGAACCCCCAACACCAGUAGAAAAUUGAGUUCUUGCUUCAGUACCAAAGUCAUACAACCACCCACGCACUCUACUGAACUCAACCAGAUACACGUACAUACCAUGAAGAGCUGUAAACUUGAGUUCAGAGCGCUCACAGUGAACAUUUAGAAGUGAAAUAAACAGAAAAGAAAAAGGGGGAAAAUUAGUACAAAUGCAAAUGCCAGUUAGUAUAGGCUGAUAUUUUUCCCUGUUUUGUUUAAAAAUAAAAACAGAUAAAUUUCAAGAGCGAUAGCGGCAAGACACUUAUGACAUCAUUUGAAAUAUGGGGAAAAAUUAAAGAAAAAAAUAACACAGUCUGGCUUCACAUUCCAGUGGUACUCUGUUGUGUUACACUUAUAAAUACCAUGUACACACACAGAUAGACACAGUCAAACACUCAAACUGUUGUCUUGUAUCACCGAUUGUUGGUUAUAAGUUAUAUAUUUGUUCCAUAUACAUAUAUUUUUUUCCGUUUUGCAAACACAACAGGUGGAGAUUUUGAUGCAUCAAGCUGUAAUACAGAGGUAGGAAUAAUGCUACUUAAAAUGCCUUGCGUUUCUAAAUCUAGACCACUGUCUUGGUAACAC